UGGCAACCGGCAGGAAGCGUCGGCGGCUCCGGGGCCCGCGGGGAGCGGGGACGGCGCUGUCCGGACCCCGGCCUGCCCGGAGUGCCCGGAGCCCGGCGCUGCCCGGAUCCCGGCGCUGUCCGGCGUGCCCGGGGCCCGGCGUGCCCGGGGCCCGGCGCUGCCCGGAGCCCGGCGCUGCCCGGAGUGCCCGGAGCCCGGCGCUGCCCGGAUCCCGGCGCUGUCCGGCGUGCCCGGGGCCCGGCGCUGCCCGGAGCCCGGCGCUGCCCGGAGUGCCCGGAGUGCCCGGAGCCCGGCGCUGUCCGGAGCCCGGCGCUGCCCGGCGUGCCUGGAGUGCCCGGAGUGGCCGGAGCCCGGCGUGCCCAGGCAGCGGGAGCCGGGGCCGGGACAGGGCCCAGGGCAGCGGGCGGCCCCCUCGUGCUCCCGCGGGGUCCCUGGUGUCCCACGGCGCUGCAGAGAGCCGGGCCGGGCCGGGGGCUCUGUGGGAACUCGCCGGAGCUUCUCUGCCCGAGCCUCCCGGCGGUGACGGCGCUCGACGCCCCUCAUGUGUUUCUGCCCCUGCACUCCGGGAGAGCUGGCACUCAGCAGGGAAGCAAUGUUCUAAGAAUGUCAUCAGGCAUCCAAAUAAAAACAAAGUCUGCAGCCCAGAAAAGCAAGACAUGUUCUCCAGAAUCACAGCCGAAGCCUAGUGCCAAGCUGAAUCCUAAAACUAUUGAUCCAUUUCGUGCUUAUUCUCAACCACCAUCUGCAUUUGCUGCUACAUAUGCUAGAGGUGGCAUUCCGUGCAGGUUAGUGCAUGGAUCAGUAAAGCACAAACUGCAGUGGGAAUGCCCUCCUGAAACUGUUCCUUUUGAUCCUCUUCUUUUAACAUUGGCAGAGGGACUAAGAGAGACAAAACAUCCCUACACUUUUGUUUCCAAGGAGGGUUUUAAAGAAUUACUUCUGGUUGAAGGUGCUGCUGAAAAAGUUAUUCCCUUGUUGCCUCGUCUAGUUCCAGUCUUAAAGGCUGCAUUGGCCCAUGCAGAUGAUGAAGUAUUUGGAAGGGGAUUGGAUGCUUUAGUGCAAUUGAGUGCUGUUGUUGGCCCAUCUCUUAAUGACCAUCUUAAACUUCUACUCACAAAUCUUUUAAAGAGAUUAAUGGACAAGAAAUAUAGAGAAGAAGUUACUGUUGCUUUACAAAAGUUGGAGCACUGUGGUGGAAAGGCAACUGUGGCGAUCAUCAAAUCUAAAAUUCCAACCUAUUGUUCUAUCUACUCUUGAGCAAGGAAACUGUAGUGAUAUAUACUGUAAGGUGAAGUCUGGAAAGAAGCUGUCUGUAAAUAUCACUGACGUUUAUUUGGGGUGUGAUAUAUUCUCUUAAAAUAAUAAUUAUUCCUCAGUAUGAUGGAGAGCAGGAGUUUGUGAAUAUGUAAUUAUGGAAGACUUCUCUUUGUAUAUUUGUAUAUGCAUUUGGCUUACAAUGACACUGAUUAAUGUGCUUUUAUUUUAACAGGAGAAUAAAUAUUGAUUCUUAUUUAGUUUUUAAUUACAAGUUCAUUUAUUAUAUCUGCAGUGCUUAAUAUGUUUUGUAUAUUUGUGUGAUGCAAAAUAAUUUUGUUGUAAUUCCUUAAAUAAAAUCUAACUUGGUGCUAAAUCACAUAUGUAUAGCUGCUUUUGAAAUACAUAACUUCUUUUGUGACAGCACAGAUGGACAGAUUUAGGUUCAUCGGGACGAGGUUAGACAUAGAACUGUGAGCCCUCUCAGACUUCUUCAGAGUCAGCUUUUAAAGGCAUGAAGCUGAACCCAGUAAACAGGAAGCAUGUGGUCCAAAGCUGAACUUGCUCUGUGGAUUCUCAGCAUGUUGUUUUGAGAGCCUGGAGAGGCUCUGGAGAAUACAGUGUAGAGGCAUCAGGUUGCUUCACAGAGCCACAGCUGAGGUUUUGCUCAGCUAAUUAGUAACUGUUAAUUUUGAGCCUACUGAAUGGGAGCUGGAUGGAGGAGGCAACUUUGGAGUAGUUACACUGUGCUCCCUUCGCAUUGAGUUCAGUAGCAUUACAGAUAUGCUUGGGAUUUGCUUGUGAAUUCAGGUCCAGACAAGUUAAUAAACUUCUGAACAUGGAAGCUACGAAAAAUAUAAGUUAAAGACAAAAAGAAGAUUGCACAAUCCAGCUUACCUGGCUGUCAAGCUUUGGAGGGUACAGCAUUUGUCCAUUAAUGUAUUUGAAUGCAAAAUAAUUCCCAAUUGAUUCUUGUAAUAAAUACUGUUCAGGGACAUGUAGUAUUUGUGUACACUGUCAGGGAGAGUUAACUGAAGUAACAAAAUUUGCACAGAAUGUUUUCCCCUAAGGAAUAUUCAAUUCUGGCAUUUAAAGUUGUUGGAAAGGAUGUUUUUUGUCAUAAGAAGAUGCUGGUGCAUAGAGUAUUAAUGAAAGUCUGUCAUGUGAAAGCAAUUUCAGAAUUUUCUUUUAAAUUACCACAGCC